CCGCCUACAACUACAAAUACUACCCCUCAUGAAUCCAUCUGCAGCAUCCAUACCUUUCUCACUUCCUCUUUGCAUACAUCAUAACAAUGGCUUCCAACACCAGGAAUAUCCCAGUUAUUCUUUCUUGCUUCAUUUUGUUCGUAUCACUCACUUCUGCAGCCAAUCCACCACUUAAAGUUGGGUUCUAUAAAUACUCUUGCCCCCCUGCGGAAGCCAUUGUGAGAAAGUAUGUGAACAAAUUCGUUUCUCUAAACCGUGGCCUUGGUGCUGGCCUUGUCAGGUUGCAUUUCCAUGAUUGCUUCGUCAGGGGAUGUGAUGCUUCCGUACUGUUGGAUGGACCAAAUACAGAAAAGCAAAGCAUACCAAACAAGGGAAGUCUACGAGGCUUUGAAGUCAUAGAUGCAGCAAAAGCAGAACUGGAGCUUCGAUGCCCUGGAAUAGUGUCCUGUGCCGACAUCAUCGCCUUUGCAGCUCGUGACAGCUCCUGCAAACUUGGGAAUAUAAACUACGAUGUCCCAUCUGGCCGUCGUGAUGGGAAUGUGUCCUUGAUAAACGAGCCCCUCCUGAAUUUGCCUGCCCCAUUCUUCAAUGCCACCACUCUGAGGGACAAUUUUGCAAGAAAGGGACUCUCCCUUGACGAAAUGGUGACUCUUUCAGGCGCUCAUUCCAUCGGCAUUUCUCACUGCAGUUCCUUUGCUAGUCGGCUCUAUCCAACACAAGAUCCCACCCUGGACCCUAGUUAUGCUGCUUUCUUGAAAACAAUCUGCCCUCCACCAGUUGCCAAUGCGACUGCAGCUCCGACAGUAGACCCCACAGUGAAUCUUGAUUCCAUCACCCCUACUCGUCUGGACAGCAAGUACUACGUUGGAUUGAAGGCGAAUAGGGGGCUACUGACGUCGGAUCAGGUUCUGCUGAGCAGCCCCAUGACGGCGAAAAAGGUGGUGUACAAUGCAAAGUAUGGGAAUGUGUGGGCUAAGAAGUUUGCGGCUGCAAUGGUGCGUAUGGGAAACAUUGAGGUUCUCACCGGGAAACAGGGGGAGAUCAGGAGAAACUGCCGUGUUGUCAACUGAUUGACUCCGGGUUUUGGCGCAGUAUCUGUAUAACAAGAUUGCUUCAGCAACGUCUUUUGUUUUAAUUCUUUUUCUAACUAUAUUUUCUGUCUUCCAUUGGUGUGGUUAAUUUGAUUCAAUAUAUGUUUUUCAUAUCUUUGUUUCUCGAUUCCAAGUGGAGAUGUAUCUGAAAAGUUCAUGGGAAAAAGAUAAUUUUUGGUUGUAUCA